GUUCCCUGUAUCAUAUAAAAUUGACGGUUGGUGGAUUUUACUGAUAUUUUAAUCGACGCAUUUCCAGUGAUUGAGACUGCUGCGGAACAACUGUGGAAAUCGACUAAUCAGUCAUCUCCUGUAUAGAUACAAAGAUGAUACAUUCUCUAAGAAGCACGGGGGUAGCAUGGUGCGCCCUCGCUCAGCUCGUCUUAGCUCUAGCUAGCCCACCAACCCCGCACAUCGUCUUCGUAAUGGUAGAUGAUCUCGGAUACAAUGAUGUUGGUUACCAUAGUGACGGAUCCAAGAUUGUGACCGAUAACAUCGAUGCCCUGGCAGCAGACGGACUGAAGCUUGAGAGUUAUUACGUCGCUCCGUUGUGCACCCCAUCACGAAGUCAGUUUCUUACUGGGAAAUAUCUGAUUCAUAAUGGGAUGCAGCACCUUGUUAUUGACCCAAGGGUGCCCCGAUGCCUUCCUCUUGAUGACGUCACAAUGGCUAACAAACUCAGCGAUGCAGGAUAUGCAAGCCAUCUCGUGGGGAAAUGGCAUCUUGGUUUCUACAAGACGGACUGCUGGCCACUCAACAGAGGCUUUCAAUCAUUCUUUGGUUUGCUACUUGGCAGCGGUGAUCAUUUCUCUCAUAACUACACCGAUGUCGGAAGUGGGAAUGGCAGGUGUGGUUACGACUUCACUGGCAUGGAUCUCCGCGACGAUGACACCAACGUCCAGCCCGACUACGAGGGUCUACAUUCGACCACGAUCUUUACCGAAAGAGCACAGUCAAUCAUAAGAGACCACGACCCAGACCAACCGCUGUUCAUGUACCUGGCUUACCAAGCACCUCAUCUCCCGUUUGAAGUUCCUGAUGAAUACUUUGAGGCUUACCGUGGCGAUAUUACAAACAAAAACCGACGCACCUAUGCAGGGAUGGUGACCAUGUUAGAUGAAGCCAUCGGGAACCUAACCGAUACCUUGAAAGAAGAAGGGCUUUGGGAUGACACCGUUCUUGUUUUCUCGACCGAUAAUGGUGGCGUGGGCAAGCGCAAUGCUGGGAACAACUGGCCACUACGCGGUGUCAAGGGUACCUACUUCGAAGGCGGGAUCAGAGGUGUAGGUUUUGUCACCAGUCCAUUGCUGUCAGACGAGGUCAAGGGCACGAUUAGUACAGAUCUGAUGCAUGUAACUGACUGGUUCCCGACCUUGGUUGAAGGCGUUGCCAACGUGGCUCUGAACUACAGCGACUUAGGAAUUGAUGGAGUUAACAUGUGGGAUGUUAUUAGUCAGGGAGAGUCUGGUGACCCUGACAGAGAGAUAGUCUUCAAUAUAGACCCGGAGUUGCUACAACCUACCAUCUUAGCAUCAGAGAGCCACUUUGUCAGCCAUUUUGAUAUAUCCUACCAGGCAUCGAUAAGAAAAGGAGACAUGAAGCUAAUAACGGGUAAACAAGAGGAUAGGGAUUGGCUAGCACCCGUCGAGUCGACGUACAGUGACGUCGUUUCAACAGACAACCAAUACAAAGCCAUCUGGUUGUACAACAUCACGGCCGAUCCCACGGAGCAAAACGACCUCUCUGCCACCAUGGUUGACGUAGCGCACGAACUCCUUGAACGUCUCCAAGAAUACUACACCAGUUCCACGUUUGUAAGUCCGAACACUCCCCGUGUGGAUUGCGACGCCGACCCUGCUAACCAUGGAGAUCUCUGGACCAACUGGGAAUAGGAUCUGUGUGGAUCUAUGGGCCACGUGACAUAAAGCUUAGCAAUUGAUUGGGUGGCUGAUUUGUGAUUGAUCAUGAUGAUGCAAUCAACGAUUGAUUACAUUGAGUACUGUGCAUGUUCAAUCGUAAAACUGAGAAAUUGACAGAGGGGCUGAUUUUUUACGACUGAUCAUGCACAAUACUCAAUGCAAUCAAUCGUAGAGAUCAGCACCAUAAUCAAUAACUAAGCUCCAUGUUGUGGAACCCUGGGCCCCGUAUCACAAAGAGUUGCGAUUGAUCUGAUC